AUGUGGAUAUUACCGCUGCUUGGAUAUGUCGGCGUUAUCCUGGGCUUCGCGUUCCUGACGCUUGCGAUAGCUUCCGGCCUGUACUACCUUUCUGAACUCGUGGAAGAGCAUACCGUCUUCGCGAAGAAACUGCUCUACCGGCUCAUCUAUGGCGUCGUUGGCAUACAAACGCUCCUUCUCGUAGUCGAUAGGUUUCCAAUUGGGCUCAGCGCAUUGAGUGUCGGGUCGCAUUUCAUCUAUGCGCAGAACCUAAGGCGAUUCCCUAUCGUCAAGCUCACGGACCCACUCUUCUUGGCCUCUUGUGCUCUUGUGAUUGCGAAUCACUACCUGUGGUUCCGCCACUUCAGUGCUCCGCCGGCAAACUCGUACUCCUCGUAUCCCUACUCUCGUGAUGCCAACAUUCCUACCUUCACCGAAAUCGCAUCCUACUUCGGCCUCUGCGUCUGGCUAGUCCCUUUCGCCUUGUUCGUCUCCUUGUCUGCCGGCGAGAAUGUCCUCCCCUCGAUGGGCUCGGAGUACGCGACCGGAGAUGGUAGCAGCUACAUCACGCCAGGGACAGCACCAGCAUCUUACGGAACCGGAACCGGAACAGGCAUUGGCGUCGGUGGAGCCAGUAGCGGCAUGGAAGGGAAGAGGAGGGCGAGAAGUGGAACAAACGCAGGCAUGGCAAAGGCUGUCGUCACUGGCGUCAGAGAGUGGGUUGGAGAGACAGGAGAGGUUAUGGGUUUGUGGAAGGGUGAGAGGACGCGGCCGACAUUCUAA